AUGGAAAUCCUUAGCUUCAGAAACGAACACCACUUCGACCCAAAGCACAUCUACAAACAACUCAGUGGCAAACACCACUUUGACCACAAUCUCACCUACAAACAGCUCAGAGACAAACACUACCUUAAACUCAAGCCCAACUACAAACAGCUCAGAGACAAACACAACUUUGAUCCCAAUCCCACUUACAAACAGCUCAGUGGCAAACACCACUUCAACCCCAAUCUCACCGACAAACAACUCAGAGACAAACACCACUUUGACCCCAAUCCCACCUACAAACAGCUCAGAGACAAACACCACUUUGACCCCAAUCCCACCUACAAACAGCUCAGUGGCAAACACCACUUCGAUCCCAAUCCCACCUACAAACAGCUCAGUGGCAAACACCACCUUAAACUCAAUCCCACUUACAAACAGCUCAGUGGCAAACACCACUUCAAUCACAAUCCCACUUACAAACAGCUCAGUGGCAAACACCACUUUGAUCCCAAUCCCACCUACAAACAGCUCAGUGGAAAACACCACUUCAAUCACAAUCCCACCUACAAACAGCUCAGUGGCAAACACCACUUUGAUCCCAAUCCCACCUACAAACAGCUCAGAGACAAACACCACUUCAACCCCAAUCCCACCUACAAACAGCUCAGUGGCAAACACUACCUUAAACUCAAGCCCACCUACAAACAGCUCAGAGACAAACACCACUUCAACCCCAAUCCCACCUACAAACAGCUCAGUGGCAAACACCACUUCAACCCCAAUCCCACCUACAAACAGCUCAGUGGCAAACACCACUUGAUCCCAAUCCCACCAACAAACAGCUCAGAGACAAACACCACUUCGACCCCAAUCCCACCAACAAACAGCUCAGUGGCAAACACCACUUCGAUCCCAAUCCCACCUACAAACAGCUCAGUGGCAAACACCACUUCGAUCCCAAUCCCACCUACAAACAGCUCAGUGGCAAACACCACCUUAAACUCAAUCCCACCUACAAACAGCUCAGUGGCAAACACCACCUUAAACUCAAUCCCACCUACAAACAGCUCAGAGACAAACACCACUUCGACCCCAAUCCCACCUACAAACAGCUCAGUGGCAAACACCACUUCAAUCCUAAUCCCACCUACAAACAGCUCAGUGGCAAACACCACUUCGAUCUCAAUCCCACCUACAAACAGCUCAGUGGCAAACACCACUUCGAUCCUAAUCCCACCUACAAACAGCUCAGUGGCAAACACCACUUUGAUCCCAAUCCCACCUACAAACAGCUCAGUGGCAAACACCACCUUAAACUUAAUCCCACCUACAAACAGCUCAGUGGCAAACACCACCUUAAACUCAAUCCCACUUACAAACAGCUCAGUGGCAAACACCACUUCGAUCCCAAUCCCACCUAUAAACAGCUUAGUGGCAAACACCACCUUAAACUCAAUCCCACUUACAAACAGCUCAGUGGCAAAUACUACUUCAACCCCAAUCCCACCUACAAAUACCUCAACCCCAAUCCCACCUACAAACACCACAACCCCAAUCCCACCUACAAACACCUCAAGCCCACCUACAAACGUCUCAUCCCCAAUCCCACCUACAAAUGCCUCAACCCCAAUGCCACCUACAAACACCUCAACCCCAAUCCCACCUACAAAUACCUCAACCUUAAGUCCACCUACAAACAUCUCAUCCCCAAACCCACCUACAAAUGUCUCAACCCCAAUGCCACCUACAAACACCUCAACUCCAAGCCAACCUUCAACCCCAACCCCAACCCCGGCAAAAUCUACAAACACCCCCACAACACCUUCUGUAGUGGCUGCAGCAUUCAGCUUGGCCUUUAGCAUCAAUGAACCCUUUGUUCCAGCACUGGCCAAUAAUAGCUCUCCUGAGUUUACAGAAAAAGCUACAAAUAUCCGUAAACAGCUGGAACCAAUUUACAGCCGAGCCUUUCCAAACUUCAUCCGAAUGAUAAUUCUUAGUUUCAAGAGUGGUUCUAUUGUGACAGACUCCAUUCUUGAAUUUAAUAAUUCUGCCACCAUCCCAAAUAACUCCACAGUUACAAGCGCUCUUGUUGAUGCAGCUAAUACCACAAAUUUAAACAUUAGUACAAAUUCUAUAAGUGUCACCCAGGUUUCUGUGACAAACACUUUGGCAACAGACUCUCCUACAACCCCAAGCACAUCUACAAACACCACGUCAACCCAGAGCACGUCUACAAACACCAGUUCAACCCCAAGCACAUCUAAUAGCACCACUGCAACCACGAUCCCAUCUACAAAUACCACUGCAACCACGAUCCCAUCUACAAAUACCACUGCAACCACGGCCCCAUCUACAAAUACCACUGCAACCACGACCCCAUCUACAAAUACCCCUUCAACAAGCACUCCUGCAGUAGCUGCAGCAUACAUCUUGGUCUUCAGCAUCAAUGAACAAUUUGAUCCAGCACUGUCCAUUCAGAACUCUCCUGAGUUUACAACAAAAGCUACAAAUAUCCGUAAAAGGCUUGAACCAAUUUACAAACGAGCCUUUGCAAACUUCCUCAGAAUGAUCAUUUUCAAUUUCUGGAGUGGUUCCAUUGUGACAAAUUCUACACUUGAAUUUAGUACUGGCACUAUCCCAACUGGCACCAGUGUAAAAGAUACCUUUGUUAAUGCGGCGAACACCACAGGCUUGAACAUUUCUACAGAUUCUAUAAAUGUCACCCAGGUUACUGUGACAAACACUUCGGCAACAGACUCUCCUACAACCCCAAGCACAUCUACAAACAACACGUCAACCCAGAGCACGUCUACAAACACCAGUUCAACCCCAAGCACAUCUAAUAGUACCACUGCAACCACGGUCCCAUCUACAAAUACCACUGCAACCACGGCCCCAUCUACAAAUACCACUGCAACCACGGUCCCAUCUACAAAUACCACUGCAACCACGGUCCCAUCUACAAAUACCCCUUCAACAAGCACUCCUGAAGUAACUGCAGCAUACAUCUUGGUCUUUAGCAUCAAUGAACAAUUUGAUCCAGCACUGUCCAUUCAGAACUCUCCUGAGUUUACAACAAAAGCUACAAAUAUCCGUAAAAGGCUUGAACCAAUUUACAAACGAGCCUUUGCAAACUUCCUCAGAAUGAUCAUUUUUAAUUUCUGGAGUGGUUCCAUUGUGACAAAUUCUACACUUGAAUUUAGUACUGGCACUAUCCCAACUGGCAGCAUUGUAAAAGAUACCCUUGUUAAUGCGAUGAACACCACAGGCUUGAACAUUUCUACAGAUUCUAUAAAUGUCACCCUGGUUUCUGUUUCAAACACAACUUCAACCGUAAGCACAACUUCAACCGUAAGCACAACUUCAACCGUAAGCACAACUUCAACCGCAAGCACAGCUACAAGCAGCCCUUCAACAGCAAUACCUUCAACAGACCCAGCAUUCAAAUUGACCUUUAGUAUCAUAGAAACUUUUGAUGCAGCGCUGGCCAGUAACAGCUCUCCACAGUUUGCAGCAAAAUCGACGAGUAUCCGUAAUCAGGUUGAACCAUAUUUCAGGAGAUUUUUCACAUCCUUCAUCAUCAUGCAGAUAGUAAGAUUCAGGAAUGGAUCUACUAUUACAGAGAGCAAACUUUAUAUGAAUCCUAGUGACCCAAAUGUUACUCUGAGUCAGGUGAAAACCGUCUUCCUCAGCGGAAUUCCCCUCUUUAACUUUAAUGUGGAUCCGAACUCCGUCAGUGUCACUCUUGUGACCCGCAACCUGGCCUCCCCCAAAAGCAGCAAAAUAACCAAAUACUACUUCAACAAAUACAACUUCUACAAACUCGUCUUCAACCCCGAGUACAUCUACAAACACCUCUUCAACAAACACUUCGACACUGAACACAUCUACAAACACCUCUUCAACAAACACUUCGACACCGAACACGUCUACAAACGCCUCUUCUACAAACACGUCGACACCGAACACGUCUACAAACGGCUCUUCUACAAACAUUUCGACACCGAACACGUCUACAAACACCUCUUCAACAAACACUUGACACGAACACGUUCCUGUGACAAACUCCUCUUCAACAAACACGUCAACAACAAACACAAGUGCAUCUACAAACUCCUCUUCAACAAACACUACCAACCCAAGUGCAUCUACAAAUUCCUCUUCAACAAACACUACAAACCCAAGUGCAUCUACAAAUUCCUCUUCAACAAACACGUCAACACCAAACACGUCUACAAACACCUCUUCAACAAACAUUACAAACCCAAGUGGAUCUACAAACUCCUCUUCAACAAACACUACAAACCCAAGUGCAUCUACAAACUCCUCUUCAACAAACACGUCAACACCAAACACAUCUACAAACACCUCUUCAACAAACACUACAAACCCAAGUGCAUCUACAAACUCCUCUUCAACAAACACGUCAACACCAAACACGUCUACAAACACCUCUUUAACAAACACUUCGACACCGAGAGUGGCUCUACAAUUACAGAUUCCACUCUUCAGUUUAGUGCGAAUGGCACCAUCCCAAGUUCCAGUGACAAACUCCUCUUCAACAAACACGUCAACAACAAACACAAGUGCAUCUACAAACUCCUCUUCAACAAACACUACCAACCCAAGUGCAUCUACAAAUUCCUCUUCAACAAACACUACAAACCCAAGUGCAUCUACAAAUUCCUCUUCAACAAACACGUCAACACCAAACACGCCUACAAACACCUCUUCAACAAACAUUACAAACCCAAGUGGAUCUACAAACUCCUCUUCAACAAACACUACAAACCCAAGUGCAUCUACAAACUCCUCUUCAACAAACACGUCAACACCAAACACAUCUACAAACACCUCUUCAACAAACACUACAAACCCAAGUGCAUCUACAAACUCCUCUUCAACAAACACGUCAACACCAAACACGCCUACAAACACCUCUUUAACAAACACUUGACACCGAGUACAUCUACAAACCCUCCAUCAGUAGAUUCUGUAGCAGCUGCCACGUUCAACUUGGUCUUUAGCAUCAAUGAAACCUUUAAUCCAGCAUUGACCAACACCAACUCUCCUGAGUUUGCAGCAAAAGUUCUACUUAUUCGUGGUCAGCUUGAAUCUAUUUAUAGAAAGGCCUUUGCAAACUUCAUCCGGAUGAUUAUUAAUAGUUUCAGGAGUGGCUCUACAAUUACAGAUUCCACUCUUCAGUUUAGUGCGAAUGGCACCAUCCCAAGUAACUCCUCAGUACAAAGCGCCCUUUUUAAUGCGACUACAGCCAACUCAAGCUUAAACAUUAUCCCAAAUUCUAUAACUGUCGCCCAGGUUCCAGUAACAAACACCUCUUCAACAAACACUACAAACCCAAGUGCAUCUACAAACUCCUCUUCAACAAACACUACAAACCCAAAUGCAUCUACAAACUCCUCUUCAACAAACACUACAAACCCAAGUGGAUCUACAAACUCCUCUUCAACAAACACUACAAACCCAAGUGGAUCUACAAACUCCUCUUCAACAAACACUACAAACCCAAAUGCAUCUACAAACUCCUCUUCAACAAACACUACAAACCCAAGUGGAUCUACAAACUCCUCUUCAACAAACACUACAAACCCAAGUGCAUCUACAACCACCUCUUCAACAAACCCAAGUGCAUCUACAACCACCUCUUCAACAACCAUCAGUCCAUCGAUUCCCAGUGCAACUGCAAUUUUCAGCUUGAUCUUCAGCAUCAGUGAAACCUUUAAUGCAGCACUGGCCAACACCAGCUCUCCAGAGUUUACAGCAAACUCUACAAAUAUCCGUAAUCAGGUUGAACCAUUGUUCAGGAGAAACUUUACAAACUUCAUCCUCAUGCAAAUUCUAAAAUUCAGCAAUGGAUCUACUAUUACAACGAGCAACCUUUAUAUGAAUUCUAACGGCCCAAAUGCUAAUGCGAGCCAGGUGAAAACCGUCUUUCUAAAUGGACUUAAUGGCUUGACCUUCAAAGUCGAUCCAAACUCUGUCAAUGUCACUCAGAUUCUUGGUAAUUCCAUGUCACCAGUGAUUAGAAGCUCACUUUCCAUAAUAUGGAUUUCUGUUUCAUCACUUCUACUUUCAUUGGCAUUACACUUUUAGCUUUUUACCUGAUCAUACACACUGGAUUAAUAACACUAUUCUAUUGAAAUACAGAUGUUCUGAUGUUCUUUUUUUUUACUACAAUCAGUCAUUUUUAGGUUUAUUUUGAUUAAAAAAAUUAUGAAAUGGAAGAUGGGGAAUGCAUUUAAAUUUUAGAAACUAUGUAUAUUUACUUGAGAAAUACAGAUAUUUUAACAUUUUUAAAACUGGGGAUAUAAUGAAGGUGCUGCCUAUCUGAAUCUUUUUCCAAAUCGAAACAGUCUUCAUAAAGAUCACCAUAUUUCAUCUUUCAAAUUGAAAUCGAACUUUGCAUAUGAACCUGAAGAUAAAUUAUCUAUGUUGUGUACAAAUAUUAUAAACAUCUAAAGGAAAAAAAAAACUUUUCUGGAUGUAUGUCAACUUGACGGAUUCAACAUGGGGUUUUUGUAUAUUUAUUAUAAAUCCUAUUACAUAUAAAAGAAAAUCCACAAGAAUUCCUUUGUCCUAGAAACAGGAAAUUCUGCAAAGCUGUAGAUUCCUUUUAGGCUAAACUUCAUGUAGGAAAAAAGAUCUCAAAAGCCUCAGCUAUCAUUCUGGCUGUAUCUCUAAUGUAUUUGAAUAAACAAGACUUAUGCCUCA